AGCCGAGCCGAGCCGGGCGGUGCUGCCCUCCCUCGGUGCGGGAGCAAGCGGGGCCGGCCCGAGCGGAGCUCAACGGAGCCGAGCGGAGCGGAGCGGUCCCGUGGGCCCGCAGCCACCGAGGUCCCCUCUGUGCUUGGUGGGCACCCACAUCCCACCCCCCGGUGCACCAUGGCGUCCCGCAUCGGCCUGCGGAUGGAGCUGAUGAAGCAGCAGGCGCAGCAGGAGGCUGAGAGGGAGCGGAUGCAGCAGCAGAUGAUGAUGAACUACAUGCAGCAGCAGAGGAUGCCAGUGGCCUCCACCCCGGCCAUCAACACCCCUGUCCAUUACCAGUCCCCACCGCCUGUGCCUGGAGAGGUCCUCAAGGUCCAGUCCUACCUGGAGAACCCCACCACCUACCACCUGCAGAAGUCGCGGGAUAAGAAGGUUCAGGCUUAUCUCUCAGAAACCUAUGGGAACAAGUUUGCUGCCCACGUCAGCCCCGUCAGCCACUCUCCCAAGCCACCCCCAGCCGCAUCCCCUGGUGUCCGAGCCAGCCACGUCCUGUCCUCCUCGGCAGGCAACAGUGCACCCAACAGCCCCAUGGCCAUGCUCAACAUCGGCUCCAACCCGGAGCGGGAGUUUGAUGAGGUCAUCGAUGACAUCAUGCGGCUGGAUGAUGUCUUGGGCUACAUGAACCCUGAAGUCCACAUGCCCAACACGCUCCCGAUGUCCAGCAGUCACAUGAAUGUCUAUAGUGGGGACCCCCAGGUGACAGCCUCCCUCGUGGGGGUCACCAGCAGCUCCUGUCCCGCUGACCUCACCCAGAAGAGAGAGCUGACAGAUGCUGAGAGCCGAGCCCUGGCUAAAGAGCGUCAGAAGAAAGACAAUCACAACCUGAUUGAGAGGCGGCGAAGGUUUAACAUCAACGACCGCAUCAAGGAGUUGGGGAUGCUGAUCCCCAAGGCCAACGACCUGGACGUGCGCUGGAACAAAGGGACAAUCCUGAAGGCGUCUGUGGACUACAUCAAGAGGAUGCAGAAGGACCUGCAGAGGUCACGAGACCUGGAGAACCACUCGCGGCGUCUGGAGAUGACAAAUAAGCAGCUGCUGCUCCGCAUCCAGGAGCUGGAGAUGCAGGCACGUGUCCAUGGGCUGCCCACCUCCUCGCCCUCGGGUGUCAAUGUGGCCGAGCUGGCUCAGCAGGUCGUCAAGCAAGAAGCCAGUGGGGACGAGGGGACACUGGAGCCACUGCUGCCUGCCCUGGACCCCGAAUCGCAGCCGCAGCCGGCGCUGCCUCCACCACCCCAGUCUCCCUACCACCAGCUGGACUUUACCCACAGCCUGAGCUUCGACGACGGCUCCCAGGGCUUCCCAGACAACCUGGAGCCUGCCCACAGCGCUUCCUUCCCAUCCCUAUCCAAGAAGGAGCUGGACUUGAUGCUGAUGCAGGACACGAUGCUGCCUCUGGCCUCCGACCCCUUGUUCUCAGCCAUGUCCCCCGAGGCCUCCAAGGCCAGCAGUCGCCGCAGCAGCUUCAGCAUGGAGGAUGCUGACAUGCUGUGACGAGGAGGUGAUGCUGGGGCGAGGACCGGACCUUCGGGUUUGGUUGGUGAAGUUACGGGGCCCUCUUCCCAUAGGAGGAGCCCGUCCUGCCGCGCACUUGAAUCUAUGUAGGAGUGAGGAGAACCUUUUCUCUAUGCACCGGGGGCUCGGAGCCAGGCUCACCGGGUGCCUCUGUCUUUCGCAAGCUUCUCUUUGGCCGGGAGCUGGAGCAGAUCCUGCCCUGCUGUGGCAUUGGCCUGACUGCAGAUUCCACAGCCCCGGAGCGUGGGCUCGGCUGCUUUUGCCUUUCAGCAAACCCCUCUCGCACCGACCCCUUCCCCAGGGCACUGCUCGGAGCCCAAGGAGCCUUCCCUGGGAGGAGAGGAGAGGGACGAUGCUCAGAGCUUUGUGUCUGCCUUGCUGCCUCCUGGAGCCCACGUCCCCAAUGAGUCUUCCCCAGCGAUGGCCUCUGAGCCCCAUCUCAUUGCCACAUCCUUCGUGGUUCCUCCUUCCUCAGAGCACUCCCAAGGUGUUAAUUGGAGCACGUUAAUCCACAGGGCACAGGAUGUUGUCUGAAGGAGCUGGGUCUGAGGCUGGGAGUUUGGGGUUGACAUUGAAGGCUUCCAGAACAACUGGGACAGGGUGUUUGAUGCUUGCUAUGACCUGCCCCCCCCCUCCUCAGCAUUUGACAGCAUCCAGCACCCCAAAACCUCACUGGCCUCUGGAGAAGGGCUGCAUGGUGCCGGGUGAUGUUCGGCCUCCCUUGAGACAACCCCCCAGAGGUGCCUCUGCCCCAUAACCAAGCCCUGGCUCUUCAGGGGGAAGGAUAAAGGGGUUUUUUACGCUUUUCCUUGGGGAUAUUCGUGGCAAGCAGAUGUCCUGCCCCACAGCUGGGCAUGGAGGUCCAGGCUUUGCCUGGAGAUCAGGGAAUGGUUUGUGCCAAACCUGAGCUGCUGCUUCCUUCGCCUUUGGCUCGUGGGGUUUAUUUCUGUUCCUAGCAUCACCAGCUUAUUCUGCAGCCAGGAUGCCUCGGUGAUGGGGACCUGCUUUGGGCUCUGUCACCUUCUGCCUUCACAGCCUGGCUCAGGGUUGAGGGGUGGGGAAUGACACUGUUCAUAGGGAAAAUACCACAGGGAUUUUUCAGGGAGAGGAGGGAAGACCCCUUUGGGAUCCUGCUCGAUAGCACAGCAUCCUGGACCAAGGAUGGGGGAUGGUGCAGGGUUG